AAAAAAAAAAAAAUCCCACAGUGAGUGGAGGGCAAAGACGCAGGGAGCCAAGGCGGUGAAGCAGGAAGGACUGUACAUCUCACUGAUGCACGACCUUAGAGGACGAGCGUGUCGAAUAUAAAACACGUCUACCGUGGGGAGGGUUCUCCUUGUCACAUUGGACGCCAUUAACGUUUUCCACUCCGGACACACUCCUAGAACGCCAUCAUGAACUACCUUCGUCGACGACUGUCGGACAGUAAUUUCAUGUCCAACCUGCCUAAUGGUUACAUGGGGGACCUGCAGCGUGCCGAGCCGACGCCUCAGCAGCAGCAGCAACAGCAGCAGCAGCAGCCAAGUCCCGCAGUGUCUCCGGGCCCGUCGGAGCGGCGCCAGUCCGCCAGCCAGCAGCCGCCGUCCGCGGGGACAGGCACCGGCUUUUUCUCGUCCUUAUCCAACGCUGUCAAACAAACCACGGCCGCUGCCGCCGCCACCUUGUCCGAGGCCGCCGACCGGGCGGGGGUGUCCAGCAGCGCUAAGGUUCUCCUGGUGGUCGACGACCUGCAGACUGACUGGGGGAGAGUUUUCCGUGGAAGGAAGGUCCAGGGCGAAUAUGACAUCAAAGUCGAACAGGCGGAAUUUUCUGAAAUCAACAUGGUGGCUGACUCGUCAGGCACAUACACAGUCAACAUGGACACCAUUAGGAAUGGCCAUAAGGUUACUAAAUCCUUUAAGCCGGACUUUGUGCUGAUCAGACAGCACGCCUACAGCAUGGACAAGAAUGGAGAUCACAGGAAUUUAGUCAUUGGCCUGCAGUAUGCGGGACUGCCAAGUGUUAACUCUUUACACUCCGUCUACAAUUUUUGUGACAAACCGUGGGUGUUUGCUCAGAUGUCGAGACUACACAAGCAGCUGGGACCAGAGGAGUUCCCAUUGAUUGAGCAGGUUUAUUAUCCAAACCACAAGGAAAUGAUUACUUCCUCUCAGUUUCCUGUCGUGGUAAAAAUGGGCCAUGCUCACUCUGGAAUGGGAAAGGUCAAAGUGGACAAUCAAUACGACUUUCAAGAUAUUGCUAGUGUCGUGGCGCUGACCAAGACAUACGCCACCUCUGAGCCCUUUAUUGAUGCCAAGUAUGACGUGCGCAUCCAGAAGAUUGGAGAUAAUUAUAAAGCUUAUAUGAGAACAUCCAUUUCUGGCAACUGGAAAACCAACACUGGCUCGUCCAUGCUUGAGCAAGUGGCCAUGUCUGACAAGUACAGAAUGUGGGUAGACACUUGUGCCAACAUCUUUGGAGGUUUAGAUAUCUGUGCUGUCGAAGCUCUUCAUGGUAAAGAUGGCAAGGAUUACAUCAUAGAGGUGGACGACUGUUCAAUGCCACUCAUCGGUGACCAGCAGGAUGAGGAUCGUGUCCAGAUUGCUGAACUUGUAGUGUUGAAGAUGAACCAGACUGUUACACAUGCCUCCAGCUCCUCCACGAGCCGUACCACAGUGACACAGAAACCAGUAUCUCCUCAGCCUGUCUCCCAACCGAGAGUUCCACAGUCUCAGCAGCGGCCCCCGACUCAAGGUGCUCCUCAGCAAGGUUCCCCUUCUCAGCAGCGUCCCCCGUCUCAGGGCCAACCCCCCGCACAGGCUCAGCAAACUGCAGCUGAUCCAAAUUCCCAGGUUAAGGGCAGCCAAGGGGCUCCUCAGCGAAACCAGGGAGGCUCCCCUCAAGCUCAGAGGCAGCAGUCUGUCACUCAGCAGCAACAAAGACCUCCUCCAGGGGGGGGCGGUCAGAAACCUCAGCAACAGAGACCCGCUCAGCCACCCAGACAGCAGUCACAAAGCGGGCAGCAGAGGCCUCCUGGCCAGCAGGCUCGCUCUGGGGGGGCUACCACCCAGCAGCCACGACCUGCAAGCCAGGGAGUUCCAGGAGGACGCCCCCCACUGCAACAAAAGCCACAGCCCCCACAAAAACCCAGCCAGGACAACUCGGCCGUGGGCGGUUCCCCACAACUGAACAAGUCCCAGUCUCUUACCAAUACCUUCAACAUUCCAGAAACCCCAACGCCGCCGGUCAGCCUUAGCCAGGACGAGGUGAAGGCCGACACCGUACGCAAUCUACGCAAAUCUUUCGCCAGUCUCUUCUCGGACUGAGACGCCGACAUCAUCUUUGCUUACCCCCGGAUCGGUCCUACAGAUGACCUUGAACUCCACUCUCCCGUUUAACAGGAGCCAACGCAAGGUUACGAUAUCCACACAGCCACAUAUUCCAAACUGUUUGAAAACUGAAACAUUCCUUCCCUGGCCACAAUCUUCUGCUAUCACACACACCCACACACAGACCUGUAUAUGCAUGAGCACACACAAAUAAGAAAGACUUCCGUAAAGUCAUACUUGCCAACCCUCCCAAUUUUCCCGGGAGACUCCCGAAUUUCAGUGCCCCUCCCGAAAAUCUCCCGGGGCAACCAUUCUGCCGAAUUUCUCUCGAUUUCCACCAGGACAACAAUAUUUGGGGCGUGCCUUAAAGGCACUGCCUUUAGCGUCCUCUCUCACCUGAAACCUUCACCCCUUAACAGCAGCAUGCUGUCCAGGCGCCCGCUUUUCCUCCAUAUAAUGUAGCGUUGGACGGGUUUAACAAUGGUCUUUACUCGAAGAUGUCAAGAAAUGCUGACACGUUGUAUGAUCUUUUAACUGGUUUAAUGAUAACGUUAAAUUCAAGCACACACACACACACACACACACACACACACACAAGUGAAUGCAAUGCAUACUUGGUCAACAGCCAUACAUGUCACAAUGAGGGGGGUCGUAUAAACAACUUUAACACUGUUACAAAUAUGCGCCACACUGUGAACCCACACCAAACAAAAAUGACAAAACACAUUUCGGGAGAACAUCCGCAUCGUAACGUAAACACAACAGAACAAAUACCCAGAUUCCAGAAAACACAGAGUGAGAUGUUCUACCUCUUGUGCAAAACACAAUUGCAUAAAAAGACUUGACACAUUGAAAUGACUAGUAAAACAUUUAAAAACACAACAAGCAACUUCUAAAACGUUAAAAAUGACUCUAAAACACAUACAAAGACUCCUAAGAGAUGUACAGUGACAUCUAAAACAUGAAUUACUCCUAAAACACAUAACAAGACUCCUAAAACACAUAAUAAGACUCCUAAAACACAUAAAAAGACUCCUAAAAUACGUAAAAAGACUCUUAAAACAAAUAAAAAACACAGAAUGAGGUGUUUGCAUCCUUUUCGAGCACAUACACUUGGUGGCUUUGUAGGUGAACAGUGAACGUGAAUGGAAGACCUGAAGGAUAAAAGAACAUAAAAUGACAUAACACUUUAAAAUGACUAGUAAAACAUUUAAAACACAACAAACAACUUAUAAAACAUUAAAAAUGACUCUAAAACACAUAAAAUGACUCCUAAGAGAUGCACAGUGACAUCAUAAACAUCAAUUACUUCUAAAACAUGUAACAAGAUUCCUAAAACACAUAAGACUCCUAAAACACCUAAAAAGACUACUAAAACACGUAAAAAGACUCUUAAAACACGUAAGAAGACUCCUAAAAUACGUAAAAAGACUCUUAAAACAAAUAAAAAACACAGAAUGAGGUGUUUGCAUCCUUUUCGAGCACAUACACUUGGUGGCUUUGUAGGUGAACAGUGAACGUGAAUGGAAGACCUGAAGGAUAAAAGAACAUAAAAUGACUUAACACUUUAAAAUGACUAGUAAAACAUUUAAAACACAACAAACAACUUCUAAAACAUUAAAAAUGACUGUAAAACACAUAAAAUGACUCCUAAGAGAUGCACAGUGACAUCUAAAACAUAAAUUACUCCUAAAACACGUAACAAGACUCCUAAAACACGUAAAAAGACUCUUAAUACACGUAAAAAGACUCUUAAAACACGUAAAAAGACUCUUAAAACAAAAAACACAGAAUAAGGUGUUUGCAUCCUUUGCGAGCACAUACACUUGGUGGCCUUGUAGGUGAACAGUGAACGUGAAUGGAAGACCUGAAGGACAAAAGCCCCCCUUGCAGCACUAACUCUUCCGGGACGCUACAAUAACAUCCACGGCUUUUGUAGCUCAGUGCACAACUGCACACAAAACAAGAAGGAGACGAAGCAGAAGAACGAAGAAGAGACAUGGUGACGACGAAAAAGAAGAAGAAAUACGCUUGCAUGUUCCAAAAUGACUGUAAAAAAAUAAUUUAAUUUCAUCCAGGACAGCUCGAAGGGGAAGGGGUAUGCUGACUUCACCUCAACCCCGCCCCCGCAACUAUGCCCCCCCAACUCACCUCACCCCACCCCCAAUCUCCCGAAUUGGGAGGUCUCAAGGUUGGCAAGUAUGCGUAAAGUAAGUGUGAUUAUUGGGUGUGGCGUACCAACCAAAAAAGGUGAAAGGCUUACACAAUUGCACACAUACAGUAAGUACAGUACAGUACAGUAGGAUGUCCAGUGUUUGAGCUGUUGGGCGCUCAUGGUGAUGUCGUAGCUGCAUGUCAACAAGGGGGCAAUGGUUGCAUUCUCCAACCCCCCAGCACAUUGGUGCUUGUAACCGUGUUGUCGCCUGUAGUUCAAUUAGCGUAGGUAACAGCUUUGUAGGUGUUGUGUGUUGCCACCACCUCUUUUUUCCUCCAGUUUGGGCCUGAUCUACUAACAAAUACCAUGCGCAAAAAACAGUGUUUGCAAACUAAGGAUGUCCGAUAAUAUCGGACUGACGAUAUUAUCGGCCGAUAAAUGCAUUAAAAUGUAAUAUCAGAAUUUAUCGGUAUCAGUUUCAAAGUUAUCGGUUUCAAAAAGUAAAAUGUAUGACUUUUUAAAACGCCGCUGUGUACACAGACGUACGGAGCAGUCCAGAGCGCCAAUACACCUUAAAGGUACUUCGUUUGCGUGCCGGGCCAGUCAAAUGAUAUAAAUGGCUUUUCACUCUCACACACACACACACACACAUACACACAAGUGAAUCCCACGCAUACUUGAUCAACAGCCAUACAGGUCACACUGAGGAUGGCCGUGUAAACAAUUUUAACACUGUUACAAAUAUGCGCCACCCUGUGAACCCACACCAAACAAGAAUGACAAACACAUUCUGGGAGAACUUCUGCACCGUAACACAACAUAAACACAACAGAACAAAUACCCAGAAACCCUUGCAGCACUAACUUCAAUAUACACCCCCCUCGACUCCCUACCUCCCCCCACCUCAAACUCCUCAUGCUCUCUCAGGGAGAGCAUGUCCCAAAUUCCAAGCUGCAUGUUAAAAAAAUCAAUAAUAAACAUAGCAGCACCAUGUUGGCACUUUUUUCCAUAACUUGAGUUGAUUUAUUUUGGAAAACCUUUUUACAUUGUUUAAUGCAUCCAGCGGGGCAUCACAACAAAAUUAGGCAUAAUAAUGUGUUAAAUCCAUGACUGUAUAUAUCGUUAUCGUUUGAUAUCGGAAUCGGUAAUUAAGAGUUGGACAAUAUCGGAAUAUCGGAUAUCGGUAAACCAUAACAUAGAGUGUACUAUUAGAGGGCGUGUUGCGUGUGAUCUACUAAGACUGUGUACAAUUGAUAACCGGUGCAGACCGCCUUAUUUAAAGAAGGAUUUUGAGUGUACUAUGUAGCUUUCACCAUGGAGACACUCAUUUACUGCACAUUCAUGUUAUCAUGCUCCUACCUGUGGCGUUUUUCUAUGUUUUCAAACAUGCAGCAGACAUUUAUUUACCACUUUUUCUGCGCAUUUUAGAAGCAGUCCUGCAGUGCAUCUAGGAAAGAAUCCACUUUUUUGUGCGCUAAAGGUACGCCGUGGAAGACGCUGGCGCAAAACUGCGAGCGUUUGCUAGAAUAUUCCAGAAGCAAGAAAAUGUAGACGGACUAUAAGCUGCUACUUUUUCACCAAGCUGUGACGGUGCGGCUAAUAUAUGGAUUUUUCUUCACUAAUGGCCAUAAUGUUUGGUUAAAUGUACUUCCUGUUUUGUGCCUUGAACCGGAAGUAUAACAGCGUCCAUUGCAUUUUUGCUCGAAAGAAUUCUUCCUUCAUCACUCCAAGCAAAGUUUGUAAGUUUUACAAUAUAAAGAAAACAAUUCUUACUUACUAAACUGUCCCACGUGUGACGUCUGUAGGAGUGUUUUCAUGCAUAUCUGUGCUAGCUAGCGUCAUUAGCAUUAGGGAAUGUGCUAACACGUUUACAAGUGUUAGUACUGUUUACUUACAAUGUCAUUCUAUUUGCAUUGUUUUAGUUUCGUAAAUUCACCAAAACCUUACCGUGGAGUUAAUGAGUCUGUUUAACCAAUUGGAGAGCGAGCUUCCAGAAACAAACUGAAAACAAUUAAGGUAUGUAAUUAAACAUUUACAAAACCUUUCGUCCCAGUAUCUUUGGUGUAUAGUCCAGUGCAGCUAAUAAUUUUGGAUAUAUUUAUUUAUUGAAAAAGUUGGUGGGUGUGCGCUCUAUAGCCCGGAAAAUAAGGUUUAUGUAUAAAGUUUUUUUUUUCAAAAAGGCCAGCAGACACCAAAACGCAUACAUUUUAUUCAGUUUAAUCAGCCCCUUAAGUCAUCCAGUAGCAAUAUAAAAGUAUAUUGCUGAAUAGGCAAUAUGUUUUAAAUUCUCAUGUUUGACUUACUGUACGUAGGGCGGACCCCCUCCUUUCUCACUACUACAUAAAUAAAGAUGCAAAACAGUGGCCGCAAAACAGUUUUAGUCUUGAUUAAUCGAAUAUAUAAAUACUUAUAUUUCCUUUCUCUCCUCUCUGUGUUGCAGGCGUUCUGAUAAUCAGCAUUUAUUCCGCAUGUUCAUGAAGACAAACAUGCUAAAUUGAUCCUUAUUUUGCACAUUUUGCACACCUGUUUGGUAAAUCACCUUGUUUGCACCUGUUUUAAUACACGCAAACAUUUAGUAGAUCAGGCCCUUUGUUUUCUGUGCACAAAAAGCUCAAAAAAAAAAAAAAAAAACGUCCAAUCAAAUGGAGCUGUCUCAGGGAUGUCCAGUUGAUUGCGAUGUUUGUUUUUGUGCGUCUUCCAUUCCAGUUUUAUGUGAUUGUUUAACAACUAGGGGGGGUAAGCAUGCAUUCAAAUGAGGUGGAGUUUUCUUUUCCUUACUGAAGAUGCAUUUGCACAACGAGUUUACUGCAAAAUUAUACUUGAAUUCAGUGGCACUUACUAAUAAAGUCUAUAUUUUCAGGUUUUAGCCGGACAGAGAAACGACUUAGCUAAGAAAAAAAUGCAGCUGCAGUCCACGUAUAUCAGGGGUCACCAACGCGGUCCCCGCGGGCACCAGGUCGCCCGUGAGGACCAGAUGAGUCGCCCGCUGGCCUGUUCUAAAAAUAGCUCAAAUAGCAGCACUUACCAGUGAGCUGCCUCUAUUUUUUAAACUGAAUUUAUUUACUAGCAAGAUGGUCUCGCUUUGCUCGACAUUUUUAAUUCUAAGAGAGACAAAACUCAAAUAGAAUUUGAAAAUCUUAAAAAAUAUUUUAAAGACUUGGUCUUCACUUGUUUAAAUAAAUUCAUUUAUUUUUUUACUUUGCUUCUUAUAACUUUUAGAAAGACUAUUUUAGAGAAAAAAAUACAACCUUAAAAAUGAUUUUACGAUUUUUAAACACAUUUUACCUUUUUACCUUUUAAAUUCCUUGCUCUUCUUUCCUGAUAAUUUAAAUCAAUGUUCAAGUAUUUUUUUUUUUAAUUGUAAAGAAUAAUAAAUACAUUUUAAUUUAAUUCUUCAUUUUAGCUUCUGUUUUUUCGACGAAAAAUUUUUGUGGAAUAUUUCUUCAAACUUAUUAUGAUUAAAAUUCAAAAAAAAAUUCUGGCAAGUCUAAAAAAUCUGUGGAAUCAAAUUUAAAUCUUAUUUCAAAGUAUUUUGAAUUUCUUUUAAAAUUUUUGUUCUGGAAAAUCUAGAAGAAAUAAUGAUUUGUCUUUGUUAGAAAUAAAGCUUGGUCCAAUUCAUUAUAUAUUAUAACAAAGUGCAGAUUGGAUUUUAACCUAAUUAAAACAUGUCAUCAACAUUUUGAAAUGAAUCUUAAUCAGGAAAAAUUAGUAAUGAUGUUCCAUAAAUUAUUUUUUUUAUUUUUUCAAAUAGAUUCAAAUUA